UGUUGAUACAGGAAACAGCUGGGCGGGGGCGUCCGAAAGCCUUGUGCUAUGAGGACAUACUCAUGAUGAUUGUUCGCCAUCCAGUAACGGGACGAGCCGUACCGGCAAUGGCUGUUAAGUUCAUCCACCACAAAGGAGCUGACAACAAGCCAAGACCGACUGUCUUUUUCUUUACGCCUGCAAGAAGGUUCAUCUUCUGUGCCGUCAGCACCAUCAUCGCUCUAGCGCUCCACGACCAGGCUUUCGACGCAGCAAGCCUGACAGAUGCAACCCAGGUACUAAGAGCAGAGGUCAGGGGUCCAGUCCAGUCUACGGCUUUACGGUGGAAGCAGUCAAUGCUCAAGGUUCCGAUCUUUCGAAAGCUCAGCGGCAGUGCGUUGGCCGUUGACGAGGCCAUGAGCUAUUCCAAAUUACGAGACGACAUGAGCCGACAGAGCCUUGACGCAGGUUUCGAGAAGGCCUGGACGCCACGGUUCGCUAGAAGAGGGGCGGCAAAUGCAGCAAAUGGGAAUGCGUCUGAUGCCGUGCGCGACCAGAUGAUGCGCCACGAUCCCAAGUUUGCCACGUUUCAAGGCGCAUACCUCAACGAGAACGUCCAGUUCGACCUCCAGAAUACCUUCCUAGAAGAGGAAACCGAGGAGCAGAUGUAUAAGGUGUUUGCGCAUGUCAGCCUCACGCGUGAUCCCCGGGCAACAAGAGACAUGGUCCCCAAGGAGGUCUGGGAGAACUUGCCUCCCGAUCCGGAAAUUCUGGAGCUGGAGCAACGGCGACAGAAGUUGAAGGGUGGUCAAUACCGAGUGCAAGGUGAAGAGAACGAAGCCGAAAUCCGCAGGCUAACCGAGGAGAUACGCACGAAGCGGGAUCAACGCGACAAGAGUGUCGUGAAAGAGUAUCGCGAAUAUCAUUUCUACAACCGCCCAACAUGGGAUAUUGAGAGGCAAGCGAACGGCGAAGAAGACGAGGAGUAUACUGAACCGGACAUCAACCUCCAGAUUCCCGAGCGCACCAGACUGGCCCACAUCCUCUGCCACCAACCAGCCGAGUGCUCUCACGACAAACUCAUGGAGCUUUGGAUUGAGGCUAUCGAUCUGAUGGUCAUACUUUGUGACAAGAGAGAGACGGUCAGACGAGACCGCAUCCGCACCCAUCCUCAACCCAAGCCAACCAUCGAAGAGACUCCUCAACCCAAGCCCUUCCCACUACUCCUUGAUCCGAAUCAGUGCCCUGAUUGUGUUGGGGAUUGCAGGCUUUCACUAGAAGAACGGACAUUCAAGUACUGCCGGCCAACGGUCAGAAAUGACCACUUUGACGACCAGCAUCUGGUAGAACGAGAGCGUGCUGUACAACGUGGCAAUCUCAUUCGGUGCAACCAUCCUCAAUGCCAGGAUGACCCAAAUUUUGCGACACUAGAUGCGUUCAGACGGCAUGUGCAGACUUCCCAUGGCGUUUCGCUCAGGACAUCAGGCCAGGUCGAGCAAAGACGAUUGAAGAAGGUAAAGCGUAGACGGAUGGCUAAAGGGACAGAAGGGCAGGCUUAAAUUAGAUCACACAGAGUAUGUAGUGUUGACGCAUAGAUAGGUUUACAGAACUGCCCCUUACAUCUCUGUCCCGUGUCUUCAACGCGACACGAUGCUAAUUCGUGAUCCUUACGUCUGAACCACUUUGAAGGGGCACCGAGGACAGAGCCCUUGUGACAGCAGCACAAAAAGCGCCGAUUGA